AUGGCUCAAACUGCUACUGACCCAAUUAAGCUCGUCUUGGUCGGAGACGGAGGUGUAGGAAAGACUACCUUUGUCAAGCGUCACGCAACUGGAGAGUUCGAGACUAGAUAUAUUCCAACCCUUGGUGUCAAUGUUCAUCCAUUGCCAUUCUACACCAACUACGGAAAGAUCAUCUUCAACAUCUGGGACACUGCUGGUCAGGAGAAGUUCGGAGGUUUGAGAGACGGUUAUUAUAUUCAAGGACAAUGCGCCAUUAUCAUGUUUGAUGUCACCUCGCGUGUCUCUUACAAGAACUGCCCCAACUGGUACGGAGAUUUGGUCAGAGUUUGCGAGGGCAUCCCCAUCGUUCUCUGUGGAAACAAGGUCGACAUCAAGGACCGUAAAGUCAAGCCAUCACAAAUCACUUUCCACCGCAAAUACAACCUCUCCUACUACGACGUGUCGGCCAAGUCCAACUACAACUUUGAGAAGCCAUUCAUCUGGUUGACCUCCAAGCUCCUCGGCAACAAGAACGUCCAGCUGGUCCAACAGCCAAACAUGCAGCCACCCGAGAUCAUCUUGGACCAGGCUUUGAUGCAGCAGUACGAGAAAGAAAUUCAAACCAGUCUCAGUGUCCCAAUCCCAGCCGACGAGGAUGAUUUAUAA